CUAGUGCUAGCUAGCUAACCAGCGAAACUGAAAACUGACAGCAAGCUAGCUAGUCUACAUGGCUGGUAGUAAAGACAUCAUAAUGCUGUUAGCUUUGUGUAAAAAUGCAUUAUCAGCCGUUAGCUCAUUCGUUAGAUGAAUUUACUACGCCAAAAGAAGUGCCAUAAACAUUUUCUUUUUAGACGGUAACUGUCGUUGAAGUGUUGUUGGUUCCCGGCGAUAUUUAUCUAAGUUUGCUUGUAGGUACCUUGAAGCACUUUGGGAGUAGUGAUCUGUCUUUGAUUUGGGAAGGAAGCGAGCCACUCACCACUCCACAGCAGCGUACGCAGUGGGGCCCGGGGGCCAGGCCGCAUGAAGCACCUUUCUGCGAACGGAGAGAAGUCCAAGCCCAGGCUGAAGAUGGUCUGAUGGACCGACGCUUCUUGCUGACCUUCGCCUUCUGCUCGGUCGCGUGGAUCCUCUUCUGGGAAGUGCGCUGGAAGAAAGGGAAGGAGAGUCAGAUAGAGGAAUGGCUGCAAGGGCACAGCCUUUCCGAAUACAAGCACUUAUUUGAAGAUGUGCAGACCCUGGAGGAGCUGAGCCUCAGUGUUCUGACCCGGCUGAAGGAGGUGGUGAAGGAGCGCAGGCGCUGGCGGGACGUCGCCGAGGCCCACAUCCAGCUGCUGCGAGACUUCGCCUUCCAAGAGUGGCUCUGCUCGCAGAGCUUGGAGCACUACUACCACACACUGAAGACCCUGGGCUGUACAAACCUUGAUGAUUUAGCCAAAUUUGAUAGUCAGCUGCAGCUCUCUCUGGCUGCCUGGGGGUACUAUUACGAGGAUUACAUCAAACUGUCCACUGGCAUAAAGGUCCUCCAGGCCUCUAGGGGGAGCCGUGACCAGGAAUACGAAAUCCAGCUGGUGCACAGCCUGGCGGAGAGGCGCCUGAAUGAGAAGUGGUCAAUUGCGGGAGCUCUGAUAUUCGGCUGUACUGUGGCGCUGUGCUUCCUGAUAAGGGACCUCAUGUUUUACGUGAUUGGUGGAAUUACUGUUUCCAUCAUAGCGUUCGUCUUUACCAUCAAGUUCCUGUGCGAGCUCGCUGCUCGAGUGGUUAGCUUCCUUCAGAAUGAGGACCGCGGGCGGCGGGGUGACCGCAGCAUCUACGACUAUGUGCGGGGCAACUACCUGGACCCGCGCUCCUGCAAGGUGUCCUGGGACUGGAAGGACCCACAGGAAGUGGGCCAGACCAUGAGCUUCAGGGUUCAACUCUUCUAUAAAAAUGGUCAGCCGUUCCCCGCGCACCGGCCGGUGGGGCUACGGGUCAACAUCACGCACAUCGAGCUGGCCCUGGACAUCCCCGUCACCCAGGAGGUCCUGCAGGAGCCCGAGUCCAACGUGGUCAAAGUGGCCUUCACCGUCCGCAAGGCUGGCCGCUACGAGGUCGCCGUCAAGCUGGGCGGCCUCAACGUGGCCUACAGCCCCUACUACAAGAUAUUCCAGCCAGGAACGGUUGUUCCGUCAAAGACAAAAAUCGCCUACCACUUCUCCACCCUGGUGCUGACCUACGGGCAACAGCACACCCUGCAGAUUGAACCUCGCGAUGAGUACGGCAACCCCACCAGUAACUCCACCUCACUCACCGACGAGGUCAACUAUAGCGUGAACGUCCACCCGGUAAGAAUCAACCCCAGCAGUAACUCCACCUCACUCACCGACGAGGUCAACUAUAGCGUGAAUGUCCACCCGGUAAGAAUCAACCCCAGCAGUAACUCCACCUCACUCACCGACGAGGUCAACUAUAGCAUGCACGUCCACCCGGUAAGAAUCAACCCCACCAGUAACUCCACCUCACUCACCGACGAGGUCAACUAUAGCGUGAAUGUCCACCCGCUGGGCACGCAGGACGAUGAGAGCGCGGAGGAGUACUACAGCAAGGCGGUGUCCUCCAACAAGCAGCAGUGCCAGGUGCUGUUGCGCCUCACCCUCAGGAAGAAGGGCUGCUUCCGCGCCUGCAUCUCCUACCAGAACCAGCCCCUCAGCAACGGCGAGUUCGACAUCAUCGUGCUCAGCGAGAACGAGAAGAACUGCGUGGAAAAGAACGUGUCCACCCCAGGCAUCAGCAUCUACUUCGAAGCGUACCUCUACAGCACGGGGAACUACAGCACCUCCUCCUGGCAGCUCCCGGCAUCCUCUCUGCUGGCCCCCCAGAGGCGGCCCUCCACAGCAGACGAGGAGGAGGAGCGCGACUCGCCUGUGGAGGGCCAGCCAGAGAAGGUCAAGAAGCCAAAAAAGGUCUACUGUUACAUAUCGCCAAAGCAACUCUCAGUGAAGGAGUUUUACCUGAAAAUAAUUCCGUGGCGCCUUUUCACCUUCAGAGUCUGCCCAGGGACAAAGUUCACAUACUAUGGCCCAGACCCCAUUCACAAAUACUUGACGUUAGUGGUGGAUGAUGGGAUACAGCCACCGGUGGAGCUGAGCUGCAAAGACCGGAACAUCAUGGCCGCCACUUUCAUCCGCUUCCUGCACAAAAACAUUGGAGGUUCAGAAACCUUUCAGGACAAAGUGAGCUUCUUCCAGCGAGAGCUCAGGCAUAUGCACUCCAAGCGCCCCCGCACCAAGACCUGCCUGAAGAUCACCCGUCACACCAUCCUGGACUCAUCUCUGAAGGCCACCAGAAACUUCUCUGUGUCGGACUGGAGCAAGAACUUUGAGGUGGUGUUCCAGGAUGAGGAGGCUCUGGACUGGGGUGGACCACGCAGGGAGUGGUUUGAGCUCACCUGCAAGUCCUUGUUUGACACGUCCAACCAGCUCUUCACUCGCUUCAGUGACAACAACCAGGGCUUGGUGCACCCGAAUGCAGAGCGACCGGCUCACCUGAGGCUGAAGGUGUACGAGUUUGCGGGCAGGGUGGUGGGGAAGUGCCUCUACGAGUCGGCGCUGGGCGGGGCCUACAAGCAGCUGGUCCGGGCCCGGUUCACGCGCUCCUUCCUGGCUCAGAUAAUCGGCCUCAGGAUGAACUACAAGUACUUUGAGACGGAUGAUCAGGAGUUCUACAAAACGAAAGUCUGCUUCAUCCUAAACAAUGAUGUCAGUGAAAUGGACCUGGUGUUCGCUGAGGAGAAGUACAGCAAGUCUGGGCAGCUGGAGAAGGUAGUGGAGCUGAUCUCUGGAGGGGCACAGAUUUCAGUGACCAAUGAGAAUAAGAUGCAUUAUCUCAACCUUCUUGCUCAGUACAGACUGGCUAAUCAGGUGCGAGAGGAGGUGGAGCAUUUUCUUAAGGGGUUAAAUGAACUUGUUCCAGAGAACCUCCUGGCCAUAUUUGAUGAGAAUGAACUGGAGCUUCUGAUGUGUGGCACAGGGGAUAUCAAUGUGCAGGAUUUCAAAGCCCACGCAGUGAUUGUUGGGGGCUCUUGGCACUUCAGAGAGAAGGUGAUGAAGUGGUUCUGGGCCGUAGUGUCCAGCUUUACCCAGGAGGAGCUGGCUCGCCUGCUGCAGUUCACCACCGGCUCCUCCCAGCUGCCCCCAGGGGGAUUCAACACGCUCUGCCCCUCCUUCCAGAUCAUCGCCGCGCCCACCCACAGCACCCUGCCCACCGCACACACGUGUUUCAACCAGCUGUGCCUCCCCACCUACGACUCGUAUGAAGAGCUGCACAAGAUGCUGAAGCUGGCCAUCAGCGAGGGGAGCGAGGGCUUCGGCAUGCUGUGACCCCUCCCCAGGGAGGGGCCCUGGGGGGGAGGGAGGCGUCGCACGGCCAACGGCACGGGAACGCCGGCCACAAAGGGGUCUCAUCGCAGGCCGCACUUGAGUUCCCGCCGCCUGCUCACCCAGGACAUCCCAGAAUCCUCCACACCAAGGGGAAGAAGUACAGGAAGUCUUUGAAUACACUGGCAUUCCAGGUGUAUGCAGGCACUGUGUAUAUGUGAUUUUUUUUUUUUUGUACUGGGAAAAGAAAAAAAAACUAAUUGGUGAAAAACGGUACAGUGGACUUUUAAUCUAGAUGUAAUGAAGCUUAGUUUUUAUGCUUGAGGGGGGGACCUUAAGGUGCAGUGAUGGUCUAGUGAGCUUUUUUUUAUUUCUGAAAUGCACCAUAUUCAGCUUCUGGCAUAGCCUUGACAAAGCAAACCUAUGAGCUAUGUUUCAGACCAAGUAGCAGCCUCCAUACAGUGUACCAGGCUAUAUUGUACUCCCAUAGCACUUUGGCCUUAACUGAUCAGGGAAGGAUGUGUGUAUAUAUUGCUCUUAUUUAAUUAAAGCGUGUAAAUAUUUAAAGAGUGACACACUGAGGUCUACAUCUUUUCAUUUGAUAUUAAAGGAAAAGGGACUGAAGGCAGUGGGGAAAAUGAAAAUGAGACUAGGUUUGAUUUUUCUUUUUAGUUUUUUUAUCAGUUUUUCAUAAAUAAUGUGAAAUUUCCUAUUCACGUCGCAAAUCUAGUUUGACACGUGAACAUUUUCUUGUUGGAACGAUUAAGGUUGCGGGUUGACUGACAAAAUAUGAAGCAGGGUAGAGCUAUUGCUUUUCAGUGCAAAUACCUUUUUCCCUACAGUUUUAAGUUUAAGGAAACUGAUGGCAAAGGGUCAGCAUUAACGGAUGGAUUGCGCACUUGCAUCAUGAAGGAAUGCCAUCAUAAGCAGCGCAAUGCCAUGUUACCAUUGCAAGCUGAGGUUGACUAGGAAGCCUUUGUUUGUGUUCAAGUUGUUUUCUUUCAAACCUGCCUUAUUUUAUCCUCUGCCUCCUGCUGUACCCAGAGAUAAGCACAUUUGAAUGGUUGGGAAUAAGUUAUUGUUGUAAUAUAGUUUUUUUUUUUUCCAUUUUGACUGGCAAACAAGCGCAUUUUGAAAUGUAAAUGCUAAAAUACUUGUGUAUAUAUAGAGCACUUUGUCUCGUUUCAGGCCCCAGGCUUACAGGUAGUUCACCCCCCCAAGUGUGGGUUUACCUCAGUCUCUGGACUUUACCUGUACAUCCAAACAGUCUCAGUGGUGAGAGUUUCAGUGACUUCAUCUCUGUGUAUUAUAUCCAAAGGUAUAUAUAUACAUAGCACUUCUGGCUUCAACCAAGGGCCUUCGAGACAAGAUGCUAAGAGUGGACUCUUCGAGUGAUUUUAGUGACCAAGACUUGAGUGUGAAGUAGCCGGGGUUGUUUUAUACUUGAUGGUGAAGACUUCAGGGUGCCGAUUUUGCUUGUAGAAAGCUUUUGCUUCUUGUUUACCUCUGACCAUCGACGCAUGCGGUCGUAACUCUGUAGGGGUGUCCCUCAGAUGAAAGGGAACGGUGGCCAUUUUACCCCGUAGACUGUUGACAGUGCUGAAUAUCCAGAUGUAGAGUAAAUGAGUUCUGUUAAGAAGACAGAAACAUUAACGCGCGUAUGUAUAUAAAUGUAUUCACGGUUAAACAUUAAAGAUAUGUGUAUACUUGACGAUAUGUGCAAAUGCAUUGCAGCGGAGGUUUGCGCUAACCCCGUUUCACUCUUAUUCUCUGCAGCGAGAGCGUACUGUAGCAUUCCCAGACCGCAACUGUAGUGGCCCGACUGCAGAACUAGCUGCAGUCCAUCGUUAAUGUCUCUCUUGAUCUACACACUAAGCUUAUAUCGCCGCGUCAAGACCCUUCUUUUAAUCUAGAUAAUACUCUUGAAGGCAACUGUACAUCUCUUACACCUACUCAUGGGGAUAGUGAUUUCAGAAACGUUCAAAGCACCCAAUCGGAGCCAAUGAUAUUAUGAUUUAAUACAUACAAUGCACAGGUUUGUGCUGCCAGCAAGCACUUUUCAUAAGCUUUCAGAUAUGGUGGAUUAUUUAAGAUACUGAGCUAAGUGUUGGUGAUGUUAAUAUUUGUGCUGCUGGCUACUGAAUGUACGCUAGGUAAAGAAUAUGUGUAGCAUGGUACGGAUUAACCUAUGUUAACAGUGUUCCCAAACACAAUAGAUAGGGUGUAGUUAUACAUUUUAUUUAUCUUCAGGGCUAUUGAGGCUAAUGUAGUCCCAGUGUUUAUGAAUGCUGAAAAUGCCCAUUUACUUAAAGCACUCAUUCCUUUGUUUAAAAAAAAAAAAAAAAAAAAAAAAAACAAAUAACAAACUUUCACCAAUGGAAGGAAUACGCAUUGUGCAGGAAGCACAUGUGAAGAGUCUAUACUGUGUAAGAAUUUUUAUUUUUUAUUUUCAUUUGCAUGAGCAAUAAACGGUGACAUCUGGAGUAAAGAUAGUUAGAGAUAUUUGUGUCCAUGAAAGAGAAUGGUAUUACGGCUCAGGUGAAAGUGCUGAAUUGUGUUUCAUUUUUUUUUCUUUUUAAUUUAUUUUAUUUUAUGGCUUUCAUACAAAGGUCCUUCUUUCCAUGCUUGAGCCUGUUUUCAUGAUUUGGAAAGCUCCAUCGUCAGUGGGAGGGUGGGUUUGGAAAGUGUUUGUAAGUCCUGUAAAUACUGUGAAAUAGUUGCUUAUGGUUUGGAGGUGUGGUUUUCUUUUUUUAUGAUGUUUAGAGAGAUGCGCUGGGCCAUCUCCAAUGAGUGUCCAGAUUCACUGCACUGUUACAAUGUUCUGAGGACCCAGGCAGCUCCCCUGUUCUUUAUGGGACAAAUAAAAGAAAGUAAACAAUGGA